GUCUCACCAAAGAAACCUGAGCGACGAAGAAAAACAGCACCGCCGCCGCCGCCGCUCACAUCCUCUCCGUCCGGCCAAAUCUAACUAACCAUAUCUUGCAGUAUCUGCUUGCACUGGCUGUACUUUGGAAAUCGCAAGACUCUCUCUCUCUCUCUCUCUCUCUGUAUGCAAGAUCGGGAACGAUGGAGAGAAGGAGUGUUAUUGAAUACUGACUUAUUUAUUAAAAUUACAUAGCUUUUGUGGAAGGCUAGACCAAGAUUGCUGAACUGAAGCUUAUAAGUUAUUUCGCAAGGACAUUACAAAACUACUGUGUGAUCAGAAUAAGAUGGGGAAAGAAGUGCAUUUUCCCUCUAAAUUUGCGCUGCAGAAGCGUUGCAAGAGAAACAAUAAAGGGGAAGACUACAUUUGUCGAUUGCCGGAUGAAAUCCUUGUGAUAAUUCUCUCUGGCUUGUCAAUGAGAGAAGUAGCCAGAACUAGCAUCCUCUCAAGAAGAUGGAGAUAUUUAUGGACAUUUUUCACUGGCAUUUUUGACUUUGAUGGUUCAGAUACACUAAUUCGAUUCAAAUGGAAUGAAAAGUCGCUUAAAUUUGAAAGGAUUAGAUUCAUAAGGUGGGUGAAUCAAGUGUUACGAUCACAUCAAGGUCCAUCUGUGGACGAACUCAAGGUUUGUUUUGACUUGGAUAACCACUAUAAACCCGCCAUUGAUGGUUGGAUUGAGUUUGCUAUGAGGAAGGAAAUCAGAAAACUUGAGUUGGAUUUAAAUGACGACUUUAGUGCUCUCCCUGUACAACGUGAGUUCUAUGCUUUUCCAUCACAUCUGCUCAAGAAUUUCACACUUGGUCUCCUAACAACUCUUCGGUUGUCAUAUGUAUCUGUGACUGGAGAGUUUCUCGAGUACUUAUUAUCUCAUGUUCCGUUGCUUGAGGUAUUAAGUGUGAAGUUUUCACCAGUUCUGGCAUGCUUUAGUGUCUCUGGGCCAUCACUGAAGCUGAAGUAUCUAGAGAUAAUCAACUGCAAGAACAUGGAAAAUCUUGAGAUUUCGGCAGAAAAUCUCGUGUCAUUUAAGUAUGACGGGCCAAAUUUAGGGAUUCCCUUUAAGCACGUACCUCAUCUUGUCGAGGUAUCAUUUGGUAUGAAAUUUGGCUUGUAUGCAGUUAAGUUUCUUCGCAGAUUCUCAAGCUAUUUCAUGCAACUUGAGAGGCUUUCAUUAUUUCUGGUGACAAAAGAGGCUCCAUUUGUCCUAGAUAUUCCUGAAUUAGGGAAUCUCAAGUAUUUGGAACUGAAGGUCUCACGCUACAAUCGACAAAGCCUCCUUGCUUGCAUUCCCCUACUUGAUGCGUCUCCCUUGUUGCAUGAAUUUAUACUAAAGGUUGGUUCCCGAAGAUCCACUUCCCCCGCACAGGAGAGUCUAGCAACGAUGUUUAAAAGAGUGUUGGGAUAUACUACCAGGAAGUAUCAAUACCUGAAGGUGGUGGAACUGGUGGGGUCUAUAGGGUCCGCAGCUGUUGAGUUUAUCACGUUCAUGCUUGAGAAUGUUGCAUCACUUGAGAAGCUUAUUGUAAAUCCUUGCAUAGCAUGGAAUGCACGAAUUUCACCUGAGUGUGAGCUCCAGUACAUUCCGGAAGAAUUAUUAGCAAGAGAGCAUGCUAUGAAGCUGGCGGCGGAACUACCUCUGGGGGUUGAAUUUGUGAUACUUUAACGCUAAAUUACCAUGGAUAUUACAAACAAGUAGCCUUUGACAGAGCUAAAUGGAAAAAAAAAGAUUUAUGUAGCCGUCCCCCAUUGAUUAGGACAUAAGGCUCAGUUUGAUUGUGGUGAUGUAAAUUGCGACUAGGUGGAUGUUGGUAAUGAGUUUAUUAUGUUGUGACUGGUAAAACAUGUUAUGUUUCUUGGUGUAAGAAUACAUCAUUGGGAGAUUGGUUUCCCACACUACCCCGGUUCUGGUUCAGGAAAUAGCCAUUGCGACUUUUAGCAUUUUUUU